AUGAGUUUGGAUUUUUGCUCUCAACAUCUCCUUGCUUAUGACAAUUCCCUGAUAACAUCUGAAAAUGAGAUAAAGACGAAAACAGAAGAAAAUUUUGCAUUAGUUUUAAAAAAAAUAAAUGAAUUAACAAAUCAGAGAAAUGAUGAAGGUGAGUUGUUUUAUACUCUAACCCAAGAUAAUGUAUUUAAUUUGCCAAGAUAUUCGAAAUUUCCUGAAGCUAAAAAACCAACAAGAUGGGAACUAUUUUCUCAAACUAAAUUAAAAAAAAAAAAAAAUAAACAUGGUUUAAUUUAUGAUGAAAAUAGUAAAGGUUGGGUAAGAAGAUUUCAAAAAAAACAAAUAAAAAUAAAUAAAGAAAAAUCUGACUUUGUUCAUGAAUAUAAACCAAGUGAUAAUAUAUAUGAAGACCCAUUUGAAAAAAUGGAAGAAGAAAAAGAUAUUAAAAAAAUGAAACAAAAAAUGAGAGAAAUGAAAAAUAAAUUCGAACAACAAGGUAUCUCAUCACAGGAUAUCAAAUAUAUACAGAAACAAAAAAGGAAACGGGAAAAUCUUAUUGAUAAUCUUAAAAUGGCCCAAAUUUCAUCCUCCACAUUCGGGCGAUACGACAAAAAACUAAAAAAAGAAAAAAAACUUAAAGUAAAAAACAGUAAAAUAAUAAAUCAGAAAUGUGAAAAACGUUUAUUAAAAGAUGAAAUAAAUCAGAAUAAUAAAUUGGCAGAAAUUGUUUUAAAAUCUCUUUAG